AUGUCAUCGCGAUCGCGAAGAAUUAUAAACCUUCUUAAUGUUUCACAUCCACCUGAUGAAUGGGAAAACAGUUGCGAUAAGGACCCAAACGUCAGCAAUGACGAAAAAGAAACCAUCCCUUUAAGUUCAUUAGAAAACUUUUUAAAGCAACAAGAAAUAACCGAUAAUACUCUGCCAUUACAAAAUAAUUCUUUGGUUGAGACUAACACUGUUACUGCAAAAACAUCAAAACAUAAACCCACAUUUGUUAUUACAGCUACUGGUACACCUUAUCCCUUAGAACUUGCAAAUCAAGGCUUUGACAAAGAAAUUAUUAACAUAGUGAACAAUGAGACCCCUGCACCAAUUGAAGUUUGUACCAUACUUCCAGAACAUAAUGAUUCUGAGUCAACUAUAUUACAAGAACAGCUAUUGCUACCACUGCUGAAAGCAAAUGACGAAGAGGAUACCGCUGAAUCGUUGCCAUCAGAAUUUACACAUUGA